AUCUGAAUUCCAUUCUUUUUAGAAUAAUAAUAAAAAACCCUACACAUAUACCCAACUCCAUCUAAAUGAGCACCGUAUACGAGGCAACCGUCACCGCGCCGGUCAACAUUGCAGUCAUCAAGUACUGGGGCAAGCGCGAUUCGGCACUAAUUCUGCCGACCAACUCGUCGCUGUCAGUGACGCUGUCGCAGGACCACCUGAGCACGCGCACGACAAUUCGCGCGUCGCCAGAAUUCACAACGGACAGGUUGUGGCUCAACGGCGUUGAGGAAGACAUUGCAGCGUCCAAGCGGCUGGUCAACUCGAUCACGACGGCGCGCAAGCUGCGCAAAGCGCUGGAGCUGAGGCAGCAGAACGACGGUAUUGCAACUGUGCCUCUGUCGCAGUGGCGCAUCCACGUGUGCUCCGAGAACAACUUCCCGACGGCCGCUGGACUCGCAUCUUCAGCUAGCGGAUACGCCGCAUUGGUGAGCGCGCUGGGCACACUGUACAAGCUGCCGCAGACAACGUCGGAGCUGUCGCGCGUAGCGCGCGUGGGCAGUGGCUCAGCCUGCCGGUCGAUGUUUGGCGGGUUUGUCGCGUGGCAGGCCGGUGUGGCCGACGAUGGCAACGACUCGCUGGCCGUGCAGGUAGCCAGCCGCGAGCACUGGCCCGAGCUGCAGGCGCUUAUCCUAGUGGCGUCUGACAAGAAGAAGGCCAUCUCGUCGACGGCUGGCAUGCAGACCACCGUCGAGACGUCGGCGCUGUUUGCCGAGCGUGUGCGCACAGUCGUGCCUCAGCGCAUGGAGGACAUGAAGGCCGCCAUUGCCGCCCGUGAUUUCCCCCGUUUCGCCGAGAUCACCAUGCGCGACUCGAACCAGUUCCACGCCGUUUGCCUCGACACGUACCCGCCGAUCUCGUACAUGAACGACACCAGCCGCGCCAUCGCUGGCCUUGUCCACGCAUUCAAUGCCUCCCGCGGCCGCGUCGCCGCCGCAUACACGUACGACGCCGGACCCAACGCCGUUAUCUAUGCGCUCAGCACCGACAUGCGCGACCUGGUCGAGCUGGUCACCUACUGCUUCCCGCGCGAGGAGUGCGUCCUGCCCGAGGCCUUCUACCCGGACCCCUUCUCCGUCUUUGCGUCUCCCGACCAGGCUGGACUGCACCUGUCUGACCCUGCGGUUGUUAAGCUCGCCGAGACCAUCGGCAAAUUCCCCGCUGGCUCCGUGCGCCGCAUCAUCCACACCGAGGUCGGCGAUGGGCCCCGCGUGCUGCCUGCUUCACAGAGCCUGCUCAACGAUGCUGGCAUGCCCAAGCGUGCCAGAGAGUGACUGCUGCAGCCAGCAGCCAGCAUGUGCAAAGCGCCGGCCCAUACGAUCUAAUCGCCAUGGGAGCUAUUUGCUACAUAAUACA